AUGCAAAUCUUCGUUAAGACCCUUACUGGUAAAACCAUUACUUUAGACGUUGAAGCCUCCGACACUAUUGAAAACGUCAAGGCUAAGAUUCAAGACAAGGAAGGUAUCCCUCCUGAUCAAUAAAGACUUAUCUUCGCUGGUAAGCAAUUAGAAGACGGCAGAACCCUUUCUGACUACAACAUUCAAAAGGAAUCAACCCUCCACUUGGUUUUAAGAUUAAGAGGUGGUAUGCAAAUUUUCGUCAAGACCUUGACUGGUAAGACCAUCACUCUUGACGUUGAAGCCUCUGACACUAUUGAAAACGUCAAGGCUAAGAUCCAAGACAAGGAAGGUAUCCCCCCUGAUCAAUAAAGACUUAUCUUCGCUGGUAAGCAAUUAGAAGACGGCAGAACCCUUUCUGACUACAACAUCCAAAAGGAAUCUACCCUCCACUUAGUCCUCAGAUUAAGAGGUGGUAUGUAAAUCUUCGUCAAGACCUUAACUGGCAAGACCAUCACUCUUGAUGUUGAAGCCUCCGACACCAUUGAAAAUGUCAAGGCUAAGAUCUAAGACAAGGAAGGUAUCCCCCCUGAUCAAUAAAGACUUAUCUUCGCUGGUAAGCAAUUAGAAGACGGCAGAACCCUUUCUGACUACAACAUCCAAAAGGAAUCUACUCUCCACUUAGUCCUUAGAUUGAGAGGUGGUAUGUAAAUCUUCGUCAAGACCUUAACUGGCAAGACCAUCACUCUUGAUGUCGAAGCUUCUGACACCAUUGAAAACGUCAAGGCUAAGAUCCAAGACAAGGAAGGUAUCCCCCCUGAUCAAUAAAGACUUAUCUUCGCUGGUAAGCAAUUAGAAGACGGCAGAACCCUUUCUGACUACAACAUUCAAAAGGAAUCAACCCUCCACUUGGUUUUAAGAUUAAGAGGUGGUAUGCAAAUUUUCGUCAAGACCUUGACUGGUAAGACCAUCACUCUUGACGUUGAAGCCUCUGACACUAUUGAAAACGUCAAGGCUAAGAUCCAAGACAAGGAAGGUAUCCCCCCUGAUCAAUAAAGACUUAUCUUCGCUGGUAAGCAAUUAGAAGACGGCAGAACCCUUUCUGACUACAACAUCCAAAAGGAAUCUACCCUCCACUUAGUCCUCAGAUUAAGAGGUGGUUUCUGA